ACACUUCAAUGGGUAAUGUUGAAGCCCAUGACUUUGCUCCAGUAAGAGCAGAUGAAAGAAAAAUUCUCAAUCUAAGUAGGAAAGUUACUCCAAAGCAAUACAUAAAGGUAUUUAACAUUGAUUUUAUUCUAAUUGAACUACUUAUUGAGACUAUAAUAUAAAACUGUUUCAUCUGCUUUUUUUUUUGUCUACUUAUUUUACAAGUGUGGAAAUAUACAUUCAUGAGAAAAGUUAGCCUCAUAUCAUUUAUCUUAAAACAUGCAUUUAUAUAAUAAGCUCUCAUUAAUUACAUAACUUUGUUGCCAUGCUGAAAUAGACCUCUUCCUCACUUGAUAACCAUGAUUAUCACCCAUCUACUAUCAUCUCCUCUUCCCAUAGAAAAUACAGCAUUGUGUGUAUGAGGGGUACAUCAAUAGAUCAGAAUUUAAACUUUAUUUAAUUUUAUUUCAGCAUCUACAUGGUGAAUAUCAUGAAGCCUGUCUAUUGGAACUCCCGUGGAAUAUCAGAGAUUCUGUAUCACUCUAUGAAACUAUGACUGUGGCUUUUAACGCACUUACAGAAAUUCCAGUGGAAAUGCCACUUCGUCUUCCUCAUUUGAGCUUCCUAGACCUAAGUCACAACCAACUUCGUUCACUUCCAGAAAGCUUUGGUCUCUUAUUCCAUUUAAAGGAAAUCCAAUUUCAGCAUAAUCAACUCAUUUCACUUCCUGACAGUUUUGUACAUCUUGUUAAAUUGGAAAAGGUUAAUAUUUUGUUCAUGGUACUAAUAUGUUGAUAGAUAUUCAAAUUAAUAAUUAAAGUUGCUUUUAAAAUGUAAUGCUUUUUACAUUAAUUCAUUUUGGGGUUGUUGUAUAUUAUUUAUUUGCUACCAAGGCUAUUUUCUUUACUUUUAAGCAAUUCAAUGUUCAAAUUAUUUUAAAGGGUUUGUUAUGUCACAAUUUUAAAAAUAACUUUUGAAAAAUCACUCUUGUAGAUUGCCGUCGACCCCUCUCAUAUUUAUAUGUUCCAGACUCUUUAUUUUAUUGUAUAUUAAUAAUUUUGUUUAAAAUUAUGAUUAAUUUUUUCACUAAUGCCCAUUUCUGUCUUUGGUCUAAUGAUGGCUUUUACCUUUCUAAUAUGAAAUCAUUUUGCAUGGCCAAUUGUUGGGUCAUUGAGUUUAAUGGCUGAUGCAUUAGUGUUAAAGAUGUAUAAUGGUUUAUUCACUAUUAGGCAGACUUAUCAUACAAUGAGAUUAGACAGUUACCAGAAAAGAUUGGAACAAUGGAAAGACUGGUGAGAUUAAAUGUGAUACACAACAAGCUGAAAGAACUUCCAUUGUCUCUUGGGUCUCCCUUUUCUCAUGUUAAGCUUUUACUGGCACAACAGGUAUUUAUUUACAAAUAAAUAAAAAUAAAUUAAUUUUUCACUCUUUUUAAUUUUAUUAUUUUCAUAUAUAACACAUUCUGGGAAUACAAUAAAUGUGGGGUUGAUUUUCAUGUCUCAUAAAAAAAAGCAAUAUAAUUUUCUGCUCGUAAUUCCAAUUUUCAAUUAUUACAAAUUCUGUCAGUACCAAGACAUGUUUAAAGAAGUGAAUACCCACCAAGAUACAUUGCUUUGGCACUUUUCCCCUCAAUUUAUAAUGUAGCAAUUAAAAAUGACAUGCAGUCAACAAAAAACUCACCUACAAUGGAACUACCAUCUUGGGUAUCACUUAUAAUGCUCAGAACCCUUAAACUAUUUGAGGGACCUAUGAAAGGCUAUUCUUAAAAUUAUUUUUCAUCUAAGCAAAUCAAUUAAGUACAAAACUAGGAUUUCACAAAAUUAAUUACAUUUUUUUGUUUUUAAGAACCGUCUGGAAAGUCCGCCUCAAGCUAUUUGUGAAGAAGGUUCUGUUUCCACCCUUGAAUAUGUGCGCAAGCAGUACACCACUAACUGUUUGGAAUUCCCCAUCUCUACCACCAUUCCACUCAACCAGUUUCCACGCUGCUGCAGCAAUAAACUGGAACCAUCUGUGAAUAAUCCUCAUUCCGCCCAGAUUCAGUAUAUCCAAGAACAGACAAAUACAUCACACACAACUAACAGAAUUAAGGCACCAUUGUUACCUCCAUUUGAGGCCACAACACUUACUCCAUUCCAGCUUCAGGACAAGGUUAUAGGUGAGUCUGAUAGGUUUGUUUCAUUCAUAAUAAAUCAAUAUUGAGAAUUUUGUAUUGCAAUAUUAUUUUCUUAUCUUCAGUUACGACUAGGGUUGUCACUUCUUACUUAAUUUUCAUGUAAUCUCUUUUUUCUUAAAAUGCAGUGAUAGCAUAAAAUAAGUUUAAAGGUUACUUUAUUUCUUUCAUUGAAAUCUGUUUUAUUUUGUGAAAACUUAUUUGCUCUAAUAAUCUGAUAAAAAUGUAGUUCUUAAAGUCUCUGUUUUAUAAUGGAAAUGCAUUGUUAGAAUCAGAGACUUUGAGAACUACUGUUACGACUUUAUUUUAAUGACUUGAGACCUUCAUCAAAUGGCUUGGCCUUCUUAUGUUGUCUAGGGUGUAUGAAUCUCUCACUCACAUAAAACACAAGGUCCAGUGUAACAAUAUAAUAAUUUAUUGCUUACUUUACAAAACAGGAUACUGCUAUUCAAUAUACUAUGGCGCGUGGAACACACAUCAGUCCAACUACCAACUAUCCACUCUCCUAGCACUCCUACUCGACUAACUCUUGACUGACAACAUUUGACGACUAACAAUUCUUCUCUUGCUCUUCUACCUUUCUUCUCCGACGUCUAGCUAACACACAUCCCCUUUUAUAUUACCACACAAACAACUCAGCCUACACUAACGUUCCACACCACGGACUAACUUCACGCUCUGACCUCACGAUCAACAACUCACAAAACACUCUCACGAUUCACGACUCCCCCUACCCAACAUUCACAACAAUCUAGUUGACAACAACUACAUUUUGAUCAGAUUAUUAGAGCAAAUAAGUUUUAAAUUUCUAUUUAUUUGUUGUUUCUUGUUUUUUCUUGUCUGCUGAAAAAGGCAUUUAGCCAAUUUGUCAUUCUCCUAAAUUUUUUUUAAGCCUAACAUAUCUUGUUCCACUAUUUAUUUACUUGGAAUGGUUUGAGCACAGUCCAUCAUAUAUUAUACAAAGAAAAAGAAAUCCAAUCUUAAAAUCUAGGGGUAUAAUUUGAGUUUAAUUCUGCAGAAAAUAGUAGUAGAAACCUGUUAACUUCUUCCUAGGUUUAAUCUAUGGUGCAGCUGUUGGAGAUGCCAUAGGUGUGGCUUGCCGUUGGAUGUCUGAUGAUGAGGUAGCUUUCCAUUAUGGCAGUGAGGAUGAUUUAGUUUAUGGAAAAAUUGUACAAGAUGAGCACAGAAUACUGUGGAGACAAGGAGACUGGACUUCCAAUUUUGAUCAAUUUGUAAGCAUUAAAAGUAGUGAUUUUCUUCAUUCUGAAGUUUAACAAUAGGUUUUUAAAAAUUUGACAUUUUUAAUACAAAUUAAAAAUUAAUACAAAUGUAAUUUUUUUCAAGCAACAUAACUUUCAAUCAUAAAUGAAUCAAAACACUUAAAAGUAGAUAACCUGUGUACAAUUGUGGUUUUAGUGAUUAAAAAUGAAAGCGUUUUAUUUUAAAAAGAUUACAAAUGAACCAUUUCAAUAAUUGCUGUCACAUUAUUCCCUUGGCUCGGGCAAAUUUUAUUGUUAAAAUAAUGUCUUUCAUUUCCCUAUCUUUUAAAGAUUCUAGUAAUGGAAUCCCUUGUUAACUGGGGGGGUGUCGUUGAUGAGUUGGAAUUUGCCCGCAGACUUCAGACUUGGUCCAUCUAUGGAUUUAAAGAACUGGGGGACUCUGCUAGUGUGAUAACCAGUGAAACUCUAGAAAAAGUAAGUUGUGUUAGGAAACAAGAUAAAAGAUGUGCAAGUAGCAUAUAUGCCAUGUGAUAUUGUUUACCCUUACAUUAUAUCGUUACAGCAGGGGGCAGCAUCUGACCUGGCACAUUAAAUAUAUAACAGCCCACCAGAUGUAUCACACAUGAACUUCUUUCUUCUUUCAAUUUGCACUUAUUUUCAUUCUUGUUAUAAGCUGAUUUUAAAUUAAUGAAUUAUUUAUAUAUUAUAAGACAGUAAUCAUUUGUGGUGGUACGCAACGAUAAAUUAAAUUGAGGAAUAUACUUAAACAUACUUUUAAUUUUAAAACAAUAACAUGCACCUUAUUUUAAGGAAUUAACCCCUGCACUACAGCAUUUUUAAAAAUAUUUAACUUGGGGUUUCGCUGCAUAUUGAUGUUGUUAACGUUUGUUGUGAUUUUUCUUGUUAUUUUUUUAAGAGCUACCGUAUGUUUUAUUCUUUUUUUUCAGAAUGUAAUAGUGAAUGUAAACUUAAGUAUUGAAUAAAUUUUAGUUCAGCGUAUUCUUAAAUUUUGUUCAAUACUUAAUUCAGUAACCAUGUAUAACAAACUCUUAGGCCAUUUCAAGUACAAAAAAUGUGUAAAAAAAAUUAAUGAAAAUUGUUUAAAUCUCUCCUCACCCACCUACCAUGCUCACUCCUAAUUUUCAUGCACUGGCAAAUAAUUCUUCAGUUAUCUAUAAAAUUGAAAUCUAAGUUUAAUAUCUCAUGUGACUUUCUUAGCUUCAAUUAAUUAAUUUUCAGGUUGUUGUACACCCUAGUUUCACCACAGACCCCCAUGCCACAUCCCAAAUAGUGCUUCAAGAAAACAGAGUGAAAGAAAAUGGCUGUGCAACACCAACCAAAACUGCUGACUUGAGCCUUUCAUCUGCACAGCAUAUACGGUUGCCAAGAUUAUCAUCCUCCUCAUCAUCACUGUCAUCGUUGUCAUUAUCUAGCCAUUCAGAUGUAGCCCAAAAGCUUGUAUAUAACGCAUGUUGUGAUCUAUUUGGAGUGGAUAAUGGUGCUGUAGUACGGACAGCCAUAUUAGGUAAGAUUAUCUUCAUGUAACAACUUUCUCGCAUAUUUAAAUGUUGAUUUAAGCCUCUGAUAAAAGAAAUAUGUACAGAUCUAGAGCCAUUUGCUCAGGACAACUCUAAAACAGCUAUUGGCACAAAAAAACAAUAUAUCAGCCAAUGGACACCAUGAUUUUAAAAAAUGUACUGUUCUUCCUGGUCUAACCUAAAAUAUGACAAUAACCAAAAUGGAAUGAGUUCUUCUAACUAAAAUUUUAAAUGGGGUUUUAAAAAAAUCAUAAACCUACUUCAGAUUUUUUAAGCAUAUAACUAAUAUGUUUUUGUAUAUUACUUAAAAUAUUUUUUAGGGGUUUGAUGUUACUGAUGCUUUAAAUGCCUUAUCACAAAACAUGGUACCAUGCUAAUAUUCUUUACACAAUGACCUUUUCUAGAAGAAACGGAACAAGAAAAAAAGAUAAUUUGAUCCUGAAUCUGAUUGAUUUUAUUCAUCAGAAUCUACUUGUAUAUUAUAUACUGAGUGUUCCUUUUAAAUAUAUGCCUAGUGAUUUCUACUACCCUUGUUAAUAGAUGAUAUCUGUCUUUUUAAUAGAUGAUAUCUGCCUUGUUAAUAGGUGUAAUUGUAAAUCAUAUUCAUUAUGAAUUACAAUUUCAUCUUAUAAGUGUAUGUGGACAAGCAGUCACUCCAUGAUUGCAAUGUAAUCUGCACAACAAAAAUUGUGAUUAUUUUUACGAUAUAAUUCCAUAAUUCCUUUAGGUGCUGAGGGGUUUAAAGCUCCAUUUAAUUUACUUUUGUAAAUCAAUUUUCUGAGAUAUUUUUACGCUGUACCAUAUUAAGUGGAAAGUCGGGUCAGUGCAUCCCACUUACGCAUGAUUUUUAUUGUUCCUAGCUACUCAUGGAGCAGUGGACCUAUUUUAUUGUUAAACUCUCACAUUUCUAGGAGGUGAGAACAGGACAUUUUGUGUCUAACACUAUUACCCCAGCCACCCUAGCAGACACCUCUGUCAUUUAUGAAAAAAAACUAAGUCAGUCUUUUUGACAUUAAAAAAAUAUUCAACUUCAUCAUUUUGAUAAAUAUGAUCUAGCCAUUCGUAGACACUAUCAGUUGUUUUGAUUCUUAAGGAUCCCCCAAAUCUCAUUAGAAAUUGUCUUUGCAAAUAGAAAUUUCAAUUGCAAAUAGAAAGUGCCAUUGCAAAUCUAGUAUAGUACAUAAAUUUCACUUAUUCCAUUCUUUAAAGUUAUCAUAACCGGUAUUUUGUUUGUGCUUUGAAGGUGUUCCAAAUUUCCAUGAACUUCAAGAAGUUGAGGGUAAUGCAAUUAGGAUAUGUAGAACCACACAUGCUGACAAUAAGUGUGUUGCAAGCUGUGUAUUGAUAUCCCUGCUGGUGGCAUUGCUGUUGCAAGUAAGUUUUAAUUCCAUGAUUAAAGUUGCUAUAAAAUGCUGGAAAGAAAAUAAUGUUUUGUGUUUAAAAUAUUAUCCUUAAUCUCAGUGUUUUUUGUUGCUUUCUUGUUUACCAGGGCAAGUUGAUUGAUGUUGAAAAUAAAAUGAGUCUAUCCCAAGAACAUUUAGAUAUGGCCUUCAAAAUGGCAGCUGCACAUUUAACAGAGGAAGCUGACAAAAAAGAGUUUUUAAAUUUAAGGAAUAUGCAAUCUCUUUCAAGGUAAACUAAAUCAUUUGCUAAUUUUUUUUCCAAAAACUGUUUUUAUAGUUCUCAACUAAUUUCUUUAAGAUAUUUAGAAUGUUUUUAUGGUAGUCCAAUAUUGCUUAGAUCUUGAUUGGUCUGAAAAAUUAGCUGUCGUAGUUAAUGAAUACGUUCAGAGUGUAUACUUUCCAAUUUAAGAAAACAUGAUUACAGAGCUGUUUAUUUACAUUUGGUUGUAAAAGUAGCUUUACUUGCAAAGUCAUAAAAAUUAUUUGUAGAUUUAUUAUUUUUUUUACCUUAAGGGACAAUAUCAAGUACUGCUUUGUAGAAAAGAAACGAAAUAACUUUCCAGUUAUUUGCUAUACUAUUGAAAACUAUCAUUUAGAUUCAUAUUCUAAAUGCUUUGAUUUCAAAUGAAGGAAUUCAUUUAUAAGCACAUUAAUUUUCUGUGGCUGUAAUUUGGGAGUUUAAAAUAAAAAAGGUUUUUGUUUCCAAUUCUCAUCCAUUUACUUCAGUAAGCUCAUUUUUGGCUCUCUUAUUGUUUCUUGUUAGCUUCACUGCCAAAGAAGUGAACUUAAUGAGCCAUACUUACCAGCCUGUUAAAGCUGCUCUCAUUGCUCUACACUGGAAAGAUGAUUACAGGUAUUGA